AUGUCUGACGCAAAAGCAUCCGGUGCUCAGCCCAACCUCGCCGCUUUGGCAAGCAAGAACUCGCAGGCUGUUCGCCGACGAGCCGCACAACAAGCCGCAGCAAAGCCCAACUCGACACGAGCCGCUGGUGCCGGCGGAUCCUCGUCCACCAUGAUGCGUCUAUACACGGACGACAGCAAGGGUCUCAGCGUGGACCCCGUUGUUGUCCUUGUGCUCUCCAUCGCCUUCGUGUUCUCGGUCGUGUUGCUGCACAUCAUCGGCAAGUUCAUGAGGUGGUUCUCCAAGUAA